UUAGCUUUGGUCCCCCACAUCCAUGGAGCUUUUGAAAUCCCCGCAAUAUCCGCAGACAGAGAAGAAAGCAAGAAGAAUGGUAAGUCCAACGAAAGUAUUGGGUUGGAGAGGGACCAUAGUUGUCAUCAAUGGCUGCUCACUCUGUUUUCUGCUCUUACCAUCAUUAAACUAUUAUGCAUGCUCCUCCAAUGACAGAAAGCACUGCCCACAGUAUUUUCUUAGCCAUCUUCUUCCAGGGCAACUCUCCGUUCAAUGCCACCAGCAAGCUGUUUCACUAGCCUGCCCAAAAGAGAGAGAGAGGAUGAGGGUGAGCAUCCUAUGCUGUGAGCAUCCGAAGAAAGCGGGAUUUAAGGAAAUAAUGUAGAGCACUGGCAAUGUCAAUCCUCCUCGGAGACUUUUUUAUUUGGGGAGACUUUUCAAGUUGAUGUCAAUUGUUUCUAUGAUUCUAUCAUGAUGAACGACUAAUAAUUGACAAUUUAUACGUUAGCAGAUUGGCACAUACAGGAACCUUUUGUAUU